AAAGACAACCGAACAAACCAAAAUGUCUGAACCCAUCACCUUCACCGUCUACCGCGGCUCCCCGACAGGAAAAAUCACCCCCAGCACCACAAGCCGCCACCUCCAGCACAACGAAAUCCACAUCACAGCCACACACUCCGGAAUCUGCGGCACCGACGAACACUUCCUACACGCCGGCUGCGUCCUUGGCCACGAAGGAAUCGGCACCGUCACGGCCCUCGGGCCCGGCGUAACCAACCACCAAGUCGGCGACCGGGUCGGAUUCGCCUACAUCCGGUCAGUCUGCGGAACAUGCGACAACUGCACGCGCGGACUGGACCAAUACUGUCGGGUCAAGCGCGCAUACGGAACCCACGACUUCGACGUGGGAUCCUUCGCACACGGCACCGUGUGGGACGCAUCCUGCGUGUUCCCGAUCCUGGAGGCAUUGGACUCCGCGGACGCCGCGCCGCUGAUGUGUGCGGGUGCGACGGUGUGGAGCUGUCUAACGCAGAACGGGAUGCGGGUGAACGACCGGGUCGGGGUGCUGGGGAUUGGCGGGUUAGGACAUUUAGCGAUUAAGCUUGCGUCGGCGCUGGGGUAUCAGGUUGUUGCGCUGUCGGGGUCGGAGAAGAAGAGGGAGGAGGCGAGGGGGUUCGGGGCGGAGGAGUUUCAUGCGCUGAGUGGUGUGAAGGAGGGGGAUGUGCGGCCGUUGAAGCAUUUGCUUGUGUGUGGGAGUGGGAGUGAGGAUUAUACGAAGUUGAUCCCCCUCAUGGACACCACCGGCACGAUCUACCACAUGGCGGUGUCGUUUGAUACCACGCCCGUCCCGACGCUGCCUUUGCUGUCGAAGGGAGUCCGCAUCCAGGGCUCGUUCAUCACCUCGCGGAAUAACCUGCAGGAGCUGCUCGAGUUUGCGGCGCGCAAGAAGAUCCGGCCCAUGGUGGUGAAGUAUCCGUUUGGGGUGGAGGGCAUUGAGAAUGCGAUGCAGGAUCUGAGGGACGGAAAGGUGCGGUAUAGAGCGGUUUUGGUGCCUCAGGAGGAGAGGAAUGGGUAUAAAUAG